AUGCCCAGCAUUUCGAUAACCGAAGGGUACACCUUCACAAAUUGGGGGCCGUUAACAACAACUUUCACGGCACCCGCCAGCUGCGCUACCGCGACGGGAAACUAUAUGAUAGGACUAAACACGACAGCUCCUGUCUUGGAAUAUGCAAUGCAGUGCUCUACGGCAGGUUACGGAGACUGUAUUCCGAGUGGGACAGUAUCUGACUUUACCACUUCAAAUGACAACCCAAAGACAAUAUAUGACCAGGCAUAUUUAUCACCUGGCCUCUACUGUCCUUCUGGGUGGGCUACGAAAGGAAUUGCAGUACGCGAUGCCGACAAAAGUCUUAGCACAUCGGGUGUCCUGAGUUCCGUUACCAGGGUUUCGAUGCCUACCUUCAUACCCCAAUGGGAGAACCCAGUUACGUUAUUUUUGGAUCUUUUGGACCCGAGCGAGACGCUCGUUAUAUGCUGUCCAGACUCGAUGACCGCAGACAUCGCGUUCGGAUGCUACUCUACCGUCUCCGAUUACAAAAUCACAGAAGGAUGUAUGCGUGAUAUUCCUGCUACGGAUCUGGGCACUUCAACUGAAACAAUCAUUUCCGAGGGGAGUACUUCCAAGCAGCUUAUCAAUAUUAUCACUGGGACGCAGCCAAUCACUGUCGCGACACGAACUUUCAGUCCGUCGGAAGCGUCUAGGCUCGUCGCAGUUUCGGUAAUGCCUAUGUUAUCACUUGUUCAUCAUCAGUCUGAUCUACCGAGUGCUAUAUCCAGCCAGACUGCUUCACCUUCUAGCUCGGCCACAAGAGUUGCUCCAAACGGGAUUAUUUGGGGUGGAUUGGGUAGUUUCCUUGCUACAUACUUGGUUGUUGUCUUUGUAUACUUAUAA